AUCCCGAAGCUUCUGCAUCCGUUUCAUUAGGGUUUUUCUUUCCGCCGUUGGUGGACUAGCCCGCGCAUCUCUACAAUCCUUACUCUGCGUCGAUGGCGAUCCAGCAACAGGAGGUUAAGCUCUUUAAUCGCUGGUCGUUCGACGAUGUCGAGGUCAGUGACAUGUCUCUUGCUGAUUACAUUGCUGUGACUCCUCCAAAACAUGCUACAUACCUUCCUCAUACUGCUGGAAGAUAUUCUGCUAAGAGGUUCCGCAAGGCUCAGUGCCCAAUUAUUGAAAGACUUACCAAUUCUUUGAUGAUGCAUGGCCGGAACAAUGGAAAGAAGCUUAUGGCUGUCUGCAUAAUUAAACAUGCUAUGGAAAUUAUUCAUUUGCUUACUGAUGCAAAUCCAAUCCAAAUUGUGGUUGAUGCGAUCAUUAACAGUGGUCCAAGAGAAGAUGCUACUCGAAUUGGGUCUGCUGGUGUUGUCCGGCGUCAGGCAGUUGAUAUCUCCCCACUGAGGCGAGUUAACCAGGCAAUUUACCUCCUCACUACUGGUGCACGAGAAAGUGCUUUCAGAAACAUCAAGACAAUUGCUGAGUGCUUGGCUGAUGAGUUAAUUAAUGCAGCAAAGGGUUCCUCCAACAGCUAUGCGAUCAAGAAGAAGGAUGAAAUUGAGCGUGUUGCCAAGGCAAAUCGUUGAGCUUGUUGGCUUUCAAAUCUACACUCCUUCCUGUUGCACUGUAGGCUUUUCAUUGGUUAUGAAAAUUUUCUUGUAAUCUCAGGUAUCUUUUAAGCUAAAUGAGUAUUUAAACUCACAUAUGCUUUUAGCUAAACUGAAUUCUGGAUGCUAGAGUAAAUUUCGGAUUCAAAGAGCUAUUCAGUCUCGCACAUUGUUAUCAAAGGUUGGGGUUUUUCCUUGC